GGGUUCCAUGGUCCAGAGUGGUCUGCUGGAGGUGCUUAAGAAAAUCAAGGACAGUAACAAUCAUCAAUUUUAUUUAUUGUAACAUACAGCAUGACCAAGACACAUCUCACCCCUCGGCGUCAUCUUGGGACUUUCGAGUGCUCCUGCUUAAACAUCGUGGACGGUGAUGGAUGGAGAGAAAACACAGGCAUAGGAGUCCUGUAGUCACCCUCGUAGAGCUGUUGAGUCAGCCAGGCUGCUGCUGCUGCUGCUGCUGUUCUUGCUGCUGCUGCUGCUGGAGAGAGGAUUCCUAUCUGCUGCUGGGAUAUCCACACCCACGGAGCCACACGCUCUGUUUGACAGUCCGGAGGGUCCUCCUGAACUAAAGAACGCUUCGUUUUUUCAGAAGAGGAGAUCCGGGAACAAGAGGACAGGUGUGUUAAAAGAGGAGGACUCUGCGACAGGAAGAGUAUAUCCAGCAGCGGAGCCUGAAUAGAUAGAAGGAGCAGAGGUGCUUUCUCCACCACUGCUGGAGCCUUAUUAUGGAAAGCAGAUGUGGAGGAACUGUGCCACUGCAGGGAGAGCUCGAAAUGCAGCGUCAAGGCUAGAGGCAGCGGCCGUCUGAGCGCGAGGCAGCGGGGAAACCCCUCUAGAUGAGCCAGCCACAGGCACCCAGCCGCACUGUACAGGAAUAAGGACUUAAUAUGUCAACAGAGGCCGAGCUCCAGCCUGCUGCCAGACCCAGCGUCAGAAAGGAUUCCAAGAGGAGAGGGCAGGACCGCAGUGAGGCCGCUCUGAUAAAGCGCUUUAAGGGUGAUGGUGUGCGCUACAAGGCCAAGCUCAUCGGCAUUGAUGAGGUCACUGCCGCGAGAGGAGACAAACUCUGUCAAGACUCAAUGAUGAAGCUAAAGGGAAUCGCGGCCUCGGCGCGCUCUAAAGGAGAACACAAGCAGAAAGUCUUUCUCACCGUCUCCUUCGGCGGGAUCAAGAUCUUCGAUGAGAAGUCAGGGGUUCUUCAGCACCACCAUGCAGUUCAUGAGAUUUCCUACAUCGCCAAGGACAUCACAGACCACCGGGCCUUCGGCUAUGUGUGUGGGAAAGAAGGCAACCACCGGUUUGUGGCCAUCAAGACGGCUCAGUCUGCUGAGCCGGUGAUCCUCGACCUCCGUGACCUUUUCCAGCUGAUCUAUGAGAUCAAACAGAGGGAAGAGAUUGAGAAGAAAGCCCAGAAAGACAAGCAGUGUGAACAAGCGGUGUACCAGACCAUUCUGGAAGAGGAUGUGGAGGAUCCCGUGUACCAGUACAUUGUGUUUGAGGCGGGACAUGAGCCCAUCCGUGACCAAUCAGAGGAGAGCAUUUAUCAGGUCCCUACCAGCCAACAAAAGGAGGGAGUGUAUGACGUCCCAAAGCGACAUCCAAAUGGACAUAAUGACCAGACCAAUCUGAUGGACCUAGGCGCAGAGCUAAUACUGGUCCCAAAGAAUAUCAACCAGUUAGAGCUUUUUGGAGACAUGUCUACUCCCCCCGAUAUCACCUCUCCCUCAACCCCAGCCUCUCCAGCUAACACUUUGGACCCAACACUGGCCCACCAGCCGCCCUCAGAACUGUUCGCUCCAUUCAACCCCGCCUCUGUGCCCUCAGGUUAUGUGACGAUGGGAGCAGUGCCCCCAGCCUGGGCGCAGCAGCAGUUUGCAGCUCAGACUCCUCUAGCGUUCGGGGUGCAGUCGCCGGUGCCCAUGGCUCAGGUCCUGCCAGGAGGCCAGCCUUUGAUCUGGGGUCAGGCCAACCUGUUCCCGGCCACGCAGCAGCAGUGGGCAGCUAUGGCCGGGGCCCACUUCUCACCCGCCGCCUUCAUGUCCGCCCAGGCGGUGGGGCCGUUACCCGCCGCCAUGUUCCAGACGCUGGCCCCCAUGCCGGUGGCAGCAGCUGCUGCAGCCUCCUGCGAGACGCCGGUGGUGGGCGUAGCCGGGGCAGGUGCAGGGGCGGGGCCGGUGCCAGGGACAUCGUCCUCCACGGCCUCCAGCCCACAGCAUGGCGAGCGCUCGCUACCCCGGCAGGCUAAGAUGAGUAAGGAGAUGUUCAAGGACUUCCAGAUGGCCAAGCCGCCGGCCGUGCCCACGCGCAAGAGCGAGCAGCCCAGCCUGGCCUGCACCACAGACGCCUUCACUAGCUACUUCAGCCGCGUGGGCAUGGCGCAGGACAACGACGACUGCGAUGACUUCGACAUUUCCCAGAUGAACCUGACACCCGUCACCUCCACAACGCCCUCCACCAACUCACCGCCCACCCCGGCUCCUCGGCAGAGCUCCCCCUCAAAGUCCUCGUCCCAGGCCAGCGACCCCCCGACCGACGACUCGUUUGGGGAGGCGGAGGGCAGUCCUAGCCGGAGCGGGGAGGAGGAUGCUGCUGGAGAUGCUCAGUCUCCGUGUGUGAGUGAGCCUCAGGCAGAGUGUGAAGGCUCAGAGCCGGACAGUCCUCAGGGGAAGGACCCUCUCUACGCCCAGAUCAACAAAGGGAAGAAGUGAAGGAUUAUGGGAGUUCUGCACACAACUGAACAGUGCUGGGGGGAUCAGGAGACCAAACACUAGGGUUCAGCGCCCUCCACUGUGUGUGUAUGUGUGUGACUGUGUGUGUGUAUGAAAAACUAAGUAAAUGGGUGAGAAAACGAAUUGAAAGUUAAUGAUUGAGAGUGUGUAUGUUUGUUUGUAUGUGUGUGUGUGGAUGUGUGUAAGAGAGAGAGAGAACUUUGUGUGUGUGUGUGCGCGCGCGCGCGUGUGUGUGUGUUUGUGUGUCUGUGAGUGUGGAUGGUCUUCGGAGCUCAGCUGUGAAGGUCACCCCCAGCCUCCAUGGUCCUUCUCUCCAUGCAGCCAUCUUUUCCGGCUUAGCCUGGAGAAGCCUAACCCAGCCUUCAGUAAGCUCCGCCCCCUUCUGCACCGCUCUCUCUCUUUCUUUCUGUUUCUCUCUCUCUCUCUUUUUCUCUCUCUCUCUCUCUUUUUCUCUCUCUCUCUCUCUCUCUCUCUCUCUCUCUGGAGGAACCACCGACUGACUGGACGCUUUUAUUGCUUUCUCUCGCACCGUUUCUCUCUCUCUCCUCCUCUUGCGGAGGAAAUGACUCCUCUCUGUUUCAGCCACACUGUGUUUCCUGCACUCAUGGACUGGCAGUGGGAUCAUUAGACACAGCUAACGUAAUGACGAUGAUGAUGAUGAUGAUGAUGAAGAUGAUGAGGAGGAGGAAUCAACUCUUCUUCACCCCUCACAGCCUUACUAGCCCUGUUCUGCAGCCUCUCUUUUUGUUUUUUUUUGUUGUUUUUUUUUUUCUGGCUCUCUGUGUCUCUCUUUCGCUCUCUCUCUCUCUUUCUCUUACUGUCGGCCCUUCUUUCUCACUCUCCCUUUCAUGCAGUCUCUACAAGACUCUGUAAUGAGGCCGUGUGUAGUAUGAGUGGAAUUUCGGAGAGAUGCCUCAUUCCAGUGUACACACACGCACGCACACCCAAGAGUUCAACAAAUCACUGCUUCAUGAUCCAGCAGAAUCCCAGCUCCGCACUGUCAUCCCCCACUCGUGUAGUCCAAGCCAGAGCAAUCGAUUACAGAAUAAUCCAUUUGGAUCCAUCGAUGGGAUUAAGUGAUUCAUCCAUUUGGGUUUGUUUGGUUUCCCUCCGCCAUCUAUUUGAGAUUCUGCUGCUAGAGAGCUAUGCAGAACUAAAAAAAAAAAAAAAAACAAGAGACUUUGUCUCUCUCUCUCUCUCUCUGUCUCUAUCUCUCUAUCUCUCUCUCUCUCUCUGUCUCUAUCUCUCUCUCUCUCUCUAUCUCUCUCUCUCUCUCUCUCUCUCUCUCUGGACCCUUCAGACAGAGACCAGACUCAAGGAGUGACUUUGCCAAAAUCUCUCUUUUGUGGGAAAGACUUCUGAGCAGCUCAUUCAGACGGAGAGGACUUUGCAAGGGCAUGGACGUUGCAAAAACAAGCUGAAUCUGUGACUGAACUGUUCCUUAUCUAUAGCUUUUGUACAAUACUAAUGAGAAGAAAACAAAAAAACGAACAAACAAACAAACCAUGACAUUGAAAAAUGGGAUUUUUAUUUUAUAAGUCAGUGGAGCCCUUGAGGUCGACCUGAGAUGCGGUUUAGGGGUGAACAUGGCUUUAAGGCAUCAGAUCAUUGGUUUGCCAAACUCAUUUUGUAAAUAAUAAUAAUAAUAAUAAUAAUAAUAAUAACAAUAACAAUAAUGAUAACGACGAUAAGUGUUCAUUCUGUCCGCCGGACGUCUGUGCCAUAAAAUAGGCAGGCUUCAGUGAUGCAAGCUCGAAAUGGAACCCAAGCAAUAUCAACAUGUGUCCAAACCCCAACCCACCCAACCCACCCAACUACCCACACACCCCACCAACUACCCACACACCCACUAUCCCUCUAUCUCAUAAUAGUUUUAUGUUGCUGUCCAAGUCAGAGUAUGUCUCUUCUCAGCAGAGUCCCUCAAAUACUGAUGGAGGCAGUGCCUCCAAUGGGGAUCCCAGAAGUCACCAGAAGAAGCAUGCUGAAGAAGCGAGUGUCAGAGUCGAUAACUGACAAGUUCGGGAAACAAAUUUAAGGUAGCAAAACGGUGGAAAAGAAAUCACAGCGUACAUAUCGACAUGCAUCUCCCAAGCACACUUAGAUUUCCCUGUUCUAUGAUCACCUCCAGUAGAUCACCUGAUUAUUGAUUGAACUGAGUGAGAAUUUAGUGAUUCUCAUUCUCAGGCUCUCCUGCCCUAAAGAUUACUGUUUAGAGGAAACAUGAUUUUUUUUUUUAAUAGCCUUAGAUUCGACUUAUGUGUCACCAAAAUACAUACAUACGUACUACAGCAAACGCUAAAACAUUCACCCCCUAUACAUAUACAUAUACAUUUAUUCACUCACUCACACAAAGAUGUUUACACACUCUUCAAAAUCAAUGGCGAGACUUUAGGACACUCUUAAUCCUGAUGUGUUCCUCCUCUCCAGAGCCGCCAGCGUUGAUCCAUGUACAAUUUAGUGUUAAUUCACUUAAAACGAACACCACACGAAAAAUCCACCAUUCGUUAUCCCGGUAUCCAAAAUCAAAUCGGAGAGUCUCGCUGUGAACGGCAUUUGUUUCGGUGACGUCAGCAGUCAUUCCAUCACCUGCAAUGAUGGUGCAAUGAUUUAAUACUUGCUAUUUUAUGGCCAGAGUCCCAUUUUAAUUUGAGAGCCAUGUUGGCCCUUUAAAGAUCAUACACUAAAUUCCAGAUUAAAAAAACGAGAUUGUGAAGCCGGAAGAGGAUGGGAAAUCAUAACAGUUCUGAGUAUGUUUCUAGACCUAUUUUAACUUUACCUCAGCUAAUGGUUUGUUAAUGUAAAAGGACACAUUAUUUUUUAUCUCAAUGAAGAUGACAUUCUACAGUGAUUUUUAGAGGAUUUUUCUUUGUUGUUUUCUUUUUUUUUUCUUGAUUUUGCGUAUCCCACCAUGUAAUACUGUUACCAAUAAACACAUCGCAAAACAGA